AUGAACACCCUCCCAGUCAUGCUCCGCGGUGCCAGUAAGAUCGGUUGGUACGAAGGUAGCGGUUUCUUCCUGAUGAUGAGCAUCCUCAAUUACAAAUGGUCGGUUACUGGUAUCUACGAUGUGUACGACAAGAGCAUCGCAGGCAUCUUGACAGGUAUGCUAGCUGCUGCUGGUGCGGCUUACUGGAAGAGCAACGAUAAACCUACAGCCAUUACACUGGCUGUUGUUGCAAUUUUGCAGGGACUUGGUAUGAGAAAUGGUUCGUAUUCCCGUUUUGCGGUCAACUACCUCAUAAAAGCAAAAUACAUUAUCAUUACUGCUAUGCCAGGCCCCACUGUUGAGCCUGCUAUCGAAGAAACCAUCAUCGUAAACUUGUAA